AUUCCUCGUCUUUCUGCUCAUCCUGCCAGCCUCUCUUCAAAAACGGGCUAAAACCAAAACUUAUGUUUGACCUUUAGUGGUGAUGAUGAGUUAGGCACUUAGGCUAGACAAUCAUUUGACAGAGACUUGCAACCAUUAAAGAGAAACAGCUACAGACUUUGAAUAGUUCCAAGGCAUUAAAAAAAAACUGCAGUCUUAGCUAUUUUUAAAUCUUUAAUAUUUCGAAAAAUUGAGACCAAAUGAACCAGAAUGAGCCUUAUCUGAAUGGCUUCUUUAAUCUUUGCCAUUAGAGUUGUUCAGAGACCACCCAAAACCUUGCCGCAAAUCCUACUCCUAUGCCUAUGUAAAACCACAACAUUUCAUUACUUUCUUCAUAUUUUUUAGUAGCUCUGUUGAUUUCCAUCAAUGGCAAGACACAAAGUGCAGAGCAUCAUUAUCAUAUUCACCAUCCUCAAUGUCGAUAAAGUUGCAAGCUUUGGUUCGUGUUUUUGGACAGGGAUCAGGGGAACACGGAGAAAACGGAGUUGGGCAAAAGAAAACGUGGUAUUUGGGCCUCAAGUUUUAACUAGCACCAGGCCCUAAUGCCAGAGUCUCCCAACACUACCCUAGACUCUAGAGGCAGCUAAUAGAAGAUGUAUCGUGUAAUAGAGAACUCAAAGCUAACCCGAUCAGAAUUAUUCUCCUUUCAAAAAUGCCGAGAGAGAAGAGUCCUGGUCUCAAGAUCCUCUGGCUUUGGACCAUUGGAACUGCCGCCAUUCUCGUUACAACUGUGGUGAGGACGAGGCUAAGAGACAUGGAACAACUAAUGAACGCUGAACAGCAACAACAGCAGACUCAGAGUACUCUCAGAGAUUCACUUAUUGUAGACUCGUCGCCGGAGCCCCAAGAGGGAAUAAUUCGAGAAGUGAAAUAGUAGAUAUUUGUUUCAAAUUUAAGUUCCCAUUUUCUGUAUUUUCUUCUGAAAGGUGCAAGCUUGCUUGUAGUCUUAAGUUUCGAUAACAAUAAGAACGCAACGCACUCUAUGUGUUUAUCAUGUGUUUGACUGACGUUCCGAGAGAAUAUAUACCAAGUUUCGGAUUCCCAUUUUGUAUACUCUAAAUGUAUCUUGCCAUUUAUAUGAUGCUAGAUUAUGGGUUGUAUAGGGCGCCCAAGUUGUUUGUUGAAUGUUCUAAGUGAAACUGUGCCUUCAAAUCCUAUGAAUGUUUUAAUGAUCAAAGAUGGUUUUGACAGUAUGGUUUGGUUAAGCCCAGUUCCCUGGCUUGGAAGUUGCAUGAGUGAUGAUUACCAUAAUUUUUAGCACUUCUGAAAGAAAUAUCUGCAUUUUGUUAUAUUUGGGUUGAAGUGUUCAUUUCAGCUAAUUCUUUUUUUUUUGCUUAGGGAAUACUGAGCAAAGUUGAAGCAAACAAUUUUAGCUAAAGGACUAAUUAGUAUUAUUUGACUGUUCCUAUGAAUGUUUUAAUGAUCAAAGAUGGUUUUGACAGUAUGGUUUGGUUAAGCCCAGUUCCCUGGCUUGGAAGUUGCAUGAGUGAUGAUUACCAUAAUUUUUAGCACUUCUGAAAGAAAUAUCUGCAUUUUGUUAUAUUUGGGUUGAAGUGUUCAUUUCAGCUAAUUCUUUUUUUUUGCUUAGGGAAUACUGAGCAAAGUUGAAGCAAACAAUUUUAGCUAAAGGACUAAUUAGUAUUAUUUGACUGUUCCUAUGAAUGUUUUAAUGAUCAAAGAUGGUUUUGACAGUAUGGUUUGGUUAAGCCCAGUUCCCUGGCUUGGAAGUUGCAUGAGUGAUGAUUACCAUAAUUUUUAGCACUUCUGAAAGAAAUAUCUGCAUUUUGUUAUAUUUGGGUUGAAGUGUUCAUUUCAGCUAAUUCUUUUUUUUUGCUUAGGGAAUACUGAGCAAAGUUGAAGCAAACAAUUUUAGCUAAAGGACUAAUUAGUAUUAUUUGACUGUUCCUAUGAAUGUUUUAAUGAUCAAAGAUGGUUUUGACAGUAUGGUUUGGUUAAGCCCAGUUCCCUGGCUUGGAAGUUGCAUGAGUGAUGAUUACCAUAAUUUUUAGCACUUCUGAAAGAAAUAUCUGCAUUUUGUUAUAUUUGGGUUGAAGUGUUCAUUUCAGCUAAUUCUUUUUUUUUUGCUUAGGGAAUACUGAGCAAAGUUGAAGCAAACAAUUUUAGCUAAAGGACUAAUUAGUAUUAUUUGACUGUCCUUUGGAGCUUUGAACCAAUGUAAAGCCAACUCAAUUUGAAUGAUUACUUUCAUGAAGUAAAGAGAGAAGUGUAGAUAUUCAGCCUUUCUUUUCUUGAUGAACAAACUUUGAUGCUUUUGAUGGUCUGAUUUCUUUACUUUAUUAUGUUACUGCUACGGCUAUGUGCUUCAGGCAUCUCUCCUACAAUGCAAAUCAAGUUUUGCACUAAAGAUAAAAGUUUGGAGAGUAAGCAGAUCGUGAGUUGGUUAAUAUGUCAUUAAAAAAGGCCAGUCAGAUGCUUAGAGCUGAUAAUUUAGAAAAUAUUGCUGGUUCACUAUUUCUGCCGAUUGUCAGCCACUGUAGGCGAUCAAUUUCCUACAUGUUCCUCUGUGAGUUCUUUAGAAAACCCUUUUUUUCCAGUGGAUAAAUUGAACCAACUCCAAUUGAUGAUUUGUCCUGCAUGUUGGAGUGAAAGUUUCUCACAACAACAAUGCUUAUGUUUAUCCUUCAGAAAACAUAAAGCAGUUUGUUUAUACAAAUACAAGGAACUACCAAUGUUGAUUUUUUAUUACACUAUCUGUUGAAAUUACUUAUAGACAGAGAAAAAGACAAAGGCAGCCGAUGUUUUGGAAGCAGCUGGAGAACUGCUUUGGUAUGACUUGAUAUCUAGAAAACUAGUAAUGGAAAAGAUCUUUAAAUGUUCUUGAUUGUGAUAUUGAUGAUAGUAUUACAUAAUCAGAUAUUAUACCGAAUAGUAAUGGAUCGUGAAUUAUAUCAUGCUGUACUUCAUGGAGAUAAAAAAUUCUUUGAGAAUCUCCAAGUUUCUGAUUCAUAUGAUUUAUUAGAGGUGACAUCUGGCCACAAAAACUCCAUUAUUCAUGUUGCAGCAAAAUGUGGGGAGAUGCAGAUAGCAGAAAAGCUCAUAGCUUUAUGUCCAUCACUUUUGCAUCAGACUAAUGCAAAAGGAGAUUCUCCGCUACAUAUUGCUGCAAGAUUGGGUCGUUUCCAGAUGACUCAACUUCUAAUUAAUUGUGCAAAGCUUGUGGAAGUUGAAGGGGAAAAGAAGCUGGUGAGGAUGCAGAAUCUGGACAAAGAUACUGCUUUGCAUGAGGCUGCACGAAAUGGGCACUUUGAGAUUGUCAGUUUACUAAUAUAUGAGGACCCAGAAUUAGCUCAAAUUGUCAAUAAUGCUGGAGAGUCCUCACUUUUUCUUGCUUUAGACAGAAAGUUCUAUAAAAUUGCUCGCCUUAUCCUUGAAGUUGCUCCUACAUGCUCCUAUGGAGGUCGGAAUAGCAUGAAUGUCUUGCAUGUGGCCAUCAUUCGGGCAGACAAGAAUUUCAUGAGUGAGGUGCUUAAAAGGUGUCCAUCUGCAAUUGCUGAAGCUGAUAAGUUUGGAUGGAUUCCUCUUCAAUAUGCUGCAUAUUUGGGCAAUGCAGAAGUUGUUGAACUCUUACUACAGUUUGAUACCUCCCUAGCUUAUGCGAAGGACAAAGAAGGCAUGACUGCUCUUCACAUUGCAGCAAAGGCUGGUCAUGGUUAUGUGAUCCAACAGCUCAUUGCAAAAUAUCCUGAUAUUCCUGAGUUGUUGGAUAAUAGAGAUCAAACAGCUCUCCACGUUGCUGCAGAAAGUGGAAAGAGAAGUGUAGUCAAGAUAUUCUUAUCAAUUUCAGUUUCUGCAGACCUUAUAAACGAUCGAGAUAAAGAUGGAAACACGCCUUUACACUUGGCUGCUCUUCAAGGACACUAUGAAGCUUUACUAUUGCUAGUAAAUGAUUACAGAGUUGACAAAUGUGCUGUAAACAACAUUGGCCUGACCACUUUUGACAUUAUUAAAUCAAGUGUGCAGCUUAAACAGCACGAAAAGGCUAGAAUUUAGUGGAAACUGGGGCCAAGGGGUGCUUUAAGAAGCUCAGAACAAUCAGCCGCCAUAGAGACUAUAAAAGUGGAAGCUAUUGAGACACAGGGACACGGCCAACCACAGACAGAGAGGAAAGAACCAGGCAGUGGUGUAUCCGGAGAGGA